CAAUUUUGAGAAUACGCGGCGGCAGAUGAGAAAUAUGGCAGAUACUUUCUGAACUGCAGGAGAAAGAGGGGACCUCGGCCGAAUGACCUAACCGAAGCUCUCCCUUUUAACUAUUUUCUUCUUCCUCCAUUUCUAACCAAUUUGCAGCUUAUGGAGGGAUUGAAAGGCACAUAGAAGAGAAGAAAACAAAGAUUGCAUAUUUAGAUCUCCCAGUCUUCGUUUUCUUUUUCCCACCUCCAUAUGGAACCACCCACCUCAUCUAUAGAAACUCAGACGCCUGAGACAAGCAAAGGUAGGAGGCGAGAAAAGAAGCUGAAGCCGAUGACACAGACACCAGCCACCCGUUGCACUCGGUCACAGGCUGCUCCAGAUUGGAGUGUGGGUGAAAUGCUUAUUAUGGUGAAGGAGAUUAUUGCCAUUGAAGAGGAUUCCCUGAAAGCACUUUCAAGUUACCAGAAAUGGAAGAUCAUAUCUGAAAAUUGUGCGAAUGGUGGUGUUGUCAGACCAUCAAAUCAAUGCAAGAGGCAGUGGGAGUCCGUGUUUGGGCAGUACAGUAAGAUCAAGGACUGGGAGUCUGAAUCUCAGGAUAAUUCAUAUUGGGAUCUUUCUGAUGAGCAGAAGAAGGAAUUUGAGCUUCCGGUGGGGUUUGAUAAGGAGAUAUAUGGAGUGAUACGUGACUUUCUGAUUGCUCGAGAGGAAAAAUCCGAUUCUGAGUCACUGAGUGAAUCCGAUGCUCCUGUCAAAAAACUUGGGAGGACCACACAGGCUGCUUUUGUAAAAACUAGGCCAAAGAUUAAAGUUCAAGGACUAUCACAUUCCUUGGAAGGGUCAGAUAGAGAAGGUCAAGGAAAUCCACCUGCGAGCAAAAUAGAAAGGGAACAGGAAAUUACUGCUAAACUAAAGGAGAACUGUGAACAUAUUGAUGCAAUUCUUCAAGGUAAAAUUGCGAAGAUUGAUGAUGGUUUUUCCUCAUUGGAUGUAGAGAGGGGAAGUGUAACACAGACUGGAUUCAGAAGACAGCAAGGUGAUGAGCUUGUAAAAGUUCUUGGAGGAUUGGUCAACACCUUGAACCUGUUUGUAGAUUUAUGUACAUAUGACAAGCUAAAAUAGCUUUCUUGGUAAAGUAAAUUUGAUCUAGUCAUCCCUGUUUCUGGACAAACACAGAGUCAUCCUUUUUUGCCUUCUUAGUUUCUUUAUGUUCUUGCCACUGUUGCGGAGAAUGCAGUGAUGAGAUUAUCAUGAGUAUGAUCUAAUUUGCUAAGUAGCUGACUUUAAGAGAAACCCCAAGAACCAUAACUGUCUGCCCUAGAUAAUUUUGCUUUUCAUAUGUAAAGACUUGACAGGAUCAUUACAAUAUGGGUGAGCUUGUGUUGUUAUUGGGGAUUCAGCUAUUAGUUUAUAGAAUGCCUUUAAAUGACAUCAAGAUGGAAAUGCUCAUUCUUUCCCAAACUUGUUGCAGGUUUUGUUUUGAGAUACUUGCAUGGAUUUCCAAAUAUCUUCCUUUAUUUC